CGCACGCGGACAACCACCUCGCGAGAUACGUUCCGCGCUCGAAAGCAUCCGUCGUUCGAUCCCAAGCGUUCGCGAUCCGCCUGAUAUUAUGGCAGCCUCCGUAAGUGACGCCCUCACACGGUCUGCUCUCCGCUUCCGCACAUCAUCCAGGCACGAGUUAGUUAAGGGACCGUCAACCAGAGCUCGCGCCAUCAAGGUUGAGUCCGGCUCCUCCGCAUUCGACUCCGCGACGAAUGACCCCCUCAUGCUUCGCGCAAUUCGCGGCGAGAAAGUCGAACGACCGCCCAUCUGGAUGAUGCGUCAGGCCGGUCGUUACAUGAAGAUCUACCAAGAUCUGUGCAAACGUCACCCGACAUUUCGCGAGCGCUCGGAGAAGGUGGACCUCGCAGUGGAGAUCUCGCUUCAGCCGUGGGAGGCCUUCCAGCCCGAUGGCGUGAUCCUUUUCUCCGACAUUCUUACCCCGCUAUCCGGCAUGAACAUACCGUUCGACAUCGUGAAGGGCACUGGACCGAUCAUCAUGAACCCUGUGCGCUCAAUGGAGGAUGUCAAGACGAUAAACGCGUUGGAGCCCGAGAAGUCGGUGCCUUUUGUGGGUGAAGCAUUGGGUCUGCUUCGCCAGGAGGUGGGGAACAAUGCCACCGUGCUCGGAUUCGUCGGCGCGCCGUUCACUCUUGCAUCUUACAUCGUCGAGGGAGGGACGUCCACCCACUACAAGGUUAUAAAGAAAAUGGCUUUUGAUGCCCCCGAUGUAUAUCACGCACUCCUUUCCUCCAUCACCGACUCUGUCGUCGAGUAUGUCAAAUAUCAGGCGGAUAGCGGGGCUCAGGUGGUGCAGAUUUUUGACUCGUGGGCCUCUGAAUUUUGUCCUGCAGAUUUCGAAAACUACUGUUUACCAUAUCUUAAGCGCAUCGUGGACGAGGUAAAGGUGACACAUCCUGACUUGCCCCUCAUUCUGUAUGCCUCCGGUUCUGGUGGGCUCCUUGAGAGACUCCAGACCACUGGCGCGGAUGUCAUAUCUCUGGACGGCACGGUUGAUAUGGAAGAUGCUCGCAGACGACUUGGACCGGAGCAAGCGGUACAGGGGAAUAUAGACCCGGUCACGUUAUUCGCCAGUAAAGAGGUUAUCACAGACCGCGUGUUGCAAACCAUCCAGAAGGCUGGUGAUAAGAAGCACGUGGUGAAUUUGGGCCAUGGGGUAAUGCAGGGCACUCCAGAGGAGCACGUGGCGCACUUUUUCAAAACGGUGCGAGAUUUUAGGUAUUGAAUCGUAAAAACAUCGAAUGUGCGCCGGGCAGAGUCACGUUGCGUCGACCACGUUUGUUCU